AUGAAAUAGGGGGAUCAUUUAAGUUCCACUACAAUUAUUUUUUCUUCAGGAUUGGCUAGCGUGAUUAGCACAAUCAUUAGUAAUCCUUUUGAAGUCUUAAAAAUAAGAUUGCAAGUAGACAAGAUGCAUUGCCAUGAGCAUCAACACCACCGUAAUCCCCAAAGAAGCAAACCAAAAUUUAAAUAUAUUCAUGAAAUAGCAUUAACAGGACAACCUACAAGAUCUCAAUUAAAUCAUUAUGGGAUGCUCUCGAAAUCAUUGAAAUUAUGGAAACCACAUAGAAUGAUUAAUGUUAUCGGAAAAUCUUAGGCCACAAACCCCUUAAUUAAAAUUUAUUAGAAUUGUACUUGCAUUACUACAAACUCUCUGGUUUAGGCCUUUUAACACAUCUAUACACAUGAAGGAGCCUCCACAUUCUUCAAUGGAUGGAGAUAUGCAGUUUUAUAAGCAGGAGCAUCAAAUAUAUGCUACUUCAUGUUUUAUGAGAGAACAAGAAAAUUCUUACAAUAAUUGGAAUUGCCUUCAAGCCGAUUGGUCGUUCCUCUAUUGGCCAGUUCGUUUAGUAGAGCAUUAACAACGACAAUAACAUUUCCAUUGGAGUAUUGGAAGGUAUUAUAGUCAUCGACGGUGGGGUAUUCAAAAUUGAAGAACAUUCAAUUAGGGACUCAACUUCACUCAGCUUAUCUCAUAACCAUUUAAAGAGAUAUUUUAUUUUCAUGCAUCUAUUGGAGUCUUCUAGAAAAUUUAAAAAUAGAAAUAGGAAAGGUUUUAAUAGAUUAGCCUAAUGCUGUGAAUCUCCUUUCAGCAAUGCUAGCCAGUAGUGUAACAGCUACAAUGACUCUUCCUUUAGAUGUAGUAAAGACAAGAAAACAAGUUAGUACAAGAAGUGAUUUUGGAUCCAGUCGAGAGUUGGCUUCAAUGGAGAUUUUGUAGAACAUCUAUAAGGAAGAAGGUUUUAAAGGAUUAUUUAAGGGAUAUCAACCAAGAAUUGCUAAAGUUACGAUGCAUUCUGGUUUAGUCUAUAUGAUGUAUGAGUACCUGAAGUAAUGGUUUUGA